AUGGCACGUGCAAAACAAUGUUGUUUCAAUUUUUGUAAAGAUUUCAAAGCAUUUGCUACUCGAGGUAAUAUAUUGGAUUUAGCUAUUGGUAUUGUUAUUGGUACUGCUUUUACUAAUGUCAUUCAAUCAAUUGUUGAUGAUAUUAUCACACCUCCAUUGGGGUUAGUUUUGGGUGGUGUCGAUUUUGCUAAUUUAACGAUUAAGAUGAAGAAUUUUGUUUAUAAAGAUCAACCACCGGUUGUUAUUCGUUAUGGAAAAUUUAUUCAAUCAGUUAUUACUUUAUUAAUUGUAGCAAUGGCACUUUUUUGUGUUAUGAAAGGUAUUAAUCAACUCUAUAAAGUAGCAGCUAAAAAGAAGGAAAAAAUGAAGACGGCUGCUGGUUUGGAAGCAAGUGAAGAAGUUAAAAUUUUACGUGAAAUUCGAGAUUUAUUAGCUCACCAAUCGUCUAUGCAAUUAAUGCCUGAUCAAUUGUAA